AUGAACAAAUCUAGAAGAAGAAGCCUGACAUUGUUUCUUCUUUGGCUUAUCACUCUCUCGCAUCAAAUUCAAUCUGUAGUUUGUGAAAUAGGGCAGUACAAUGAAGAGAAACCAUCUUUCUAUCAGGUAGUAUCAAGCACCAUGUCAUUGUUGAAGAAAUCUCAUAAAAAUUCUUGGGAAAAGAUCAAAACCAUUAUCCAUGACUUCCACUUGCAGUUUAUACCUCCAAAUCUAGAUUUUAGGGGCACAGGCACAGCAAAAGCUAGAGUUUCCGAAAGUGUAGGAGAGGAUAUGAAAGGAGCAGUUAAGAAAAACAUUGGAACAAGUAAAUUAUCAGUUGAGGAAACGGCGAAAUCUGCUGCAGAAUUUGCUGGAGAAGCUGCCCACAGAACUGCUGAGAAAGUGAAAGAGAUUGUCUCUAAUAAAGAAGAAUCUCAUGAUGAGCUUUAA